AUGGUUAACCAAGAAGAUUUCCUUGUUGAAAGAUGGAUGGACGAGUUUGAAACAACCGUCCAGUACCAAAUCGCCGAAACAUGCUGCGCAUCCUUAUCUCUUGAUGAAGUUUCUGCCAUCACUGGCAAGCCUUUGCCACUAGCUGAAAUUGCACAAAUUCCACUAACUUAUGGAGCAAUCCCUGGAACUGCAGCUGCUCGUGAAGCCAUUUCUGCAAUCUACAACGACUCGGUAGUAGGAUCAGUCCCUAAAGUUACUCCUGAACAAGUUUUAGUAACAAACGGUGCUAUUGGUGGUAACUUUUUAUUAUACUACUCUCUUGUCGGUCCCGGAGAUCAUGUGGUUGUUGUGGAUCCAAUCUACCAACAAUUACAAUCAGUUCCUCGAAUGUUUGGCGCCGAUGUAUCUUUGUUGCAUCUUGAAGAAGAUGCAGGGUACCUCCCUGAUUUGGCCAAGCUUAAAUCUCUGCUUAAGUCUAAUACUAAGCUUGUGAUUAUUAACUCGCCACAUAACCCUACUGGUGCUGUUUUGUCCACUUUACAGCUCGAACAAAUUGUCAAAAUUGUCAAAGACACUUAUAAAGAGUUUCAUCCUGACGGAACUGAACCCCCUUAUAUCCAGUGUGAUGAGGUUUAUCGGCCAGUCUUUUUGACUACAGAUGAAAGCACCUGGCCGCUUUCUAUUGUUCAUGUUUACGAGAGAGGAGUUUCAACAUCUUCUGCCACUAAGGCAUACGGUCUGGCCGGAUUACGGUUUGGUUGGGUGGUUUCUCGUGAUGCCGCUUUAAUUGAAGACUGUCUCAAGCACAGAGACUACAAUACCAUUUCUGUGGGGCUUGUAGAUGACGCUCUUGCUGCUUGGGCCCUUGGUAACGGCGGCUGGCGCAAACUAGUUCAACACCAUUUGACUACAAUCGUGCUACCCAACGCUGCGAAACUAGAGGAAUAUGUUACUUCAAGUAACGGAGCAGUCUCUUACGUGAAGCCAACUGGAGGUACUGUUGUAUUGCUCAAGAUUGGUGGCGUCAAAGAUACUGUUUCAUUUUGCCGGGAUUUUAUUGCUGCAAAGAGCGUGCUUGUUGUUCCUGGUGAGACUUUUAACAAACCAGGGACUAUUCGCAUUGGGUUUGCUAACAAAACAGCUGAUCUGGAUAUAGGACUUGAGCUUCUUAAAGACUAUUUGGUGGAGAAACGGUUUGUUCCUUCACCUUGGAACUUAUAG